CACAGUUGAUCACGUGAUGUGGAAAAAGGCCAAUCACAGCGGCCUUUUAACACGUGAUCAGCCGUGUCCAAUGACACGCUGAUCACCGGGAAAUGCAAUUGCCGGUUCUCGGCUGCACUUUCCUCACGCUGUCCAGGGCACUGAUGAUCAGUGCCCUGAUGAUCGUGCCCAGCAGUGCAACCCACCAGUUCCGCCGACCUGUGCCCAAAAGUGCGCCCACCUGAGCCACCCAGCAGUGCACCCACCUGUGCCCACCAGUGGCCAUCAGUACAGCCCAGCAGUGCUGCCAGUCAGUGCCCA